AUGCAUUACCUGGGCGUACCGACCACUCGAGCGGGUUCUGUUGUGUCAUCGGACACACACGUGGUGAGGGACAUCUUCUACAACGGCAAUCCGAAGAAGGAGCGAGCAACGAUCAUUCUGAGGAUAGCGCCCUCCUUCCUUCGUUUUGGCUCCUUUGAGAUCUUCAAGCCGCGAGACCCAGAGACACAGCGAGAGGGACCCAGCGUCAAGAACAUCAAGCUGCUGUUCAAGCUGCUUGACUACACGGUUGAGACGUUCUACCCCGACAUCUGGCGGUCCACAACCGACCCCGAGGUUCGCUACCUCUCCUUCUACCAGGAGGUCGUUCGCCGAACUGCGAGACUGGUCGCCGAGUGGCAGAGUGUGGGCUUUUGCCACGGCGUGCUCAAUACGGACAACAUGAGCAUUCUGGGACUCACCAUCGACUACGGACCCUAUGGCUUCCUCGAUUUCUACGACCCCGACUUCAUUUGCAACGGAUCAGAUGAUGGUGGUCGAUACUCCUACAAGAAUCAGCCCGAGAUGUGCCAUUGGAACUGCAAGAAGCUGGCCGAGGCGCUGGCCAUGGCGAUCUCUCUCACCGACUCCGAGCGGGAGCUCGAGCGCAUUUACUGGCCCGAGUACAACAAGCACUACAACCAAAAGAUGAGAAACAAGCUUGGCCUGCUGCAAAAGGAAGAGGAGGGCGACGAGCAGCUGGUCAAGUCCUUCUUCGACGCGAUGCACGAGAGCGGAGCCGACUUCACCAACUCGUUCCGCGGGCUCGCUCGCGUUGCCCUCCCGUCGCCGUCAGAGACCAUCGCCGAGAAGGACGAAGCCGAGGACGAGGCCCUGGCCUACCUUCUCCAGCAAGUGUGCAGCGCCGCGUUCAUGUCCAAGCGGGACGGACCUUCGAUUCCGAUGGAGACGCUGCAGAUGAUGAUCUCGGUCGCCCAGCAGAACCCGAUGAUGCUCCAGAUGUUCGGGAUGACGCCACAGAAGCUCAUCCGCGAGAUCAACAAGCUCAAGAAGCAGGAGGAGCGCGGCAGCGGCGCUGGCAACGUCGAUUCCGCCAAGCGGGAGAACGACACCUUGAUCUGGAAGGCCUGGCUCAAGAAGUACAGAGAACGCUUGCAGAGAGAAGUGAGUGGAGCGAGUGACGAUGAGAUUAGGGAGCUCAAUGAGAGACGCGUGCAAACGAUGAACCGAAACAAUCCCAAGUUCGCGCUGCGUAACUACAUCGCCCAGAACGCCAUAGAGAAAGCUGAGAACGGAGACUUCUCCGAGACCGAACGACUCCUGACUCGUGCCCUCUACCACCCCUACGGCGAGCAAACUCGAGUCCCUGCCCGGGCAAAGCUGGAGGUUGCAGAGGCUCCACAAGCGGGAAGUGCGCGAUACCGCAUUCCGACACUAUGCACCCUAAGGUUUGCGAAGAAGACGGCCUAA